CCAGAAUUGCCCCGCUCUCCUCUACGAGAAUAGAUACCUACAGUACAGACUUCUGUUACAUCUCUGUGAUAUGUACACGGUAGCGCUGCACCGACGUCUUGAGGCCUGCUCGAGGCCUUUUGGAAGAAAGGGCCGGUGGAUUUCUUAACCCGGGCACGUAUAGACAAUAAAAUCGCGGAUUUAUGUUGGAGGGGAUGAGGCAGCAAAGUUUUGCUAUGACAGGACUAAUGCGCACUGACAUCCUCAGAAGAGUAUACCCCCACCAUAAAGCGGAGUAGCUCUGUCCGUGCCAUGUAUGCGACCUAUACGUCAGUCUCGAGCGGGCCUCUGCCAAAACCGACAGUGCAGCUUAGCCGUGCACCUUAUUACCUGCUCCCCCUCACAGGGAACCGUCAGCUUGUCUAUAGAACGCUCGGAGCGUCUUGGGGGCUGUCCUAUGAAUCGUCGGGCCGCAUUGUCGAUUCUUCAGUCUGCGAAGUGCGUCGGAGAGUGUCACUUGCAAAGUCAGAAUCGACAAAUGCCGCGUACACAAGUGCUAAAAGAUAAGUACAAAAUUAUUAACCGGUACUGAUCUGCUGUGUGAAAAAGCUCGAAAUCGCUAUCAGAGAAAAAAAACGAAGUGUUAAUUAUGGCCUGCAACGGCAACCCCAUGGACCACGCCAUAGACACGGCCUUAGUCCAUGCCAUUCUGCUGGGGCAAUUUGAAAAAACGAAGCAACUGAUCUGGUACGGAGCCGACGUGAGUGCCAAGAACGAGUUGGAUCAGACCGCCUUGCAGUACGCCGUAACCGACAUGAGCGACAUUUAUAAAACCAAAAUAACGCCUAGCUACAUCUUCCAACACGAAGUCUACUGCAUUCACACUGUCAACUUCGGCGCCCUCAGCGCAAAGGACGAGGAUGUGCUUUUUGAAGCAAAUGCCCUGCAAGAGUACAAGACUGACGAUAACGCAGCAAGGCUCAGCCUUGUGCAGGAGUUGCUGAGCGCCGGGGCGGACGUGAACAACCGGGACCACACCGGCUGCUCACCGAUCCAGUGUGCCAUCUACACAGGCGACCUCAAGUUGGUGGAGGCGCUCAUCGACGCCGGGGCCAACCUGGACAAUGGGAACUACUACGGCGUGACGGCGUUGCACGCCGCGGUCUUGUGCCGCGACGCAGCCAUGGUCCGCCUGCUGCUGAGUCGCAAGGCCGAUCUCGUGUACAAUUGUGACAGCAAAGGCAACACUGCCCUGCACUGGGCAGGAUUGCUCAACAGAAAUAACAGCCACGCAGCCGUCGUAGAAGAGCUGCUGAAGCUCCCGGCGCACAUGAACACCAAGAACACGCAAGGGCUGUCGGCUUUUCAUGUCAUUAUCUGGUUCGCCGACUUGAGCAUGGUGAAGCGUUUUAUGGAACUUGGAGCUGACAUCACCGAGGAAACUAAUUCCUUCGUAUACAGCGUCCUCCGUUUCACGGUGUGCUACUGGAGAGAGCCGAGAGAGCCGGUAUCCCAAUCGACCUGAAGUGCGACGAGUAUAGUUACUCAGUGCUACAUCACGCGAGCUUGUACUGCAAGCCGGAAGACGUGCGCUCUCUCGUCGCCAGGGGCGCAGAAGUCAACGCGAAAAACUACGAAGGCAUGACACCGUUAUUUUUGUGCGUUCGCGACUCGGUCAUUUCGAUACUCCGAGAUAACUUCGCGGAGAACGGGAUGCAGACGAUAGGCGUACUACUCGAGUCCGGCAGCGACUUCAACGAGAUAAGUACGCAGGACGACGGAUCGUGGACGAUGCUUCUGCAGCUGGCUAUCGAGGAAUGGAAGACAACGGAAGCAGUCAAAAUGAUCAUCGAGUACGUGGCCGUGGUUGAGGUGAGGAAGAUUAGUAAGCCAGUGUUCGAUAAAUACAAUCUGGCGGUGAUCAAGAGGAACACGGAGAUGAGGGUACACCUCAAAAACUGCCGGGCCGAGCUUAAAAGCAUGAAAAAUUGUAAAAUUGGGGAUUCGUUGAUUGCGUACUUCGCUGUAUUGACGGAGCAGAUCAAGAAAGCAUCUGGUAUUCUGUCAAGUUGCAACUAGCUGAAAAUUUAUCCAUCAUCAUGAAGAAUAGAUCCAUAUUGAAUGUUUGGCUGUGACCGAACAUUUUAAGAAAAAUAAAAAAAAAUGAAAAACUUA